UCCGCCCUCACAACCCUCCUAAGCACCACCACCACCCCCUCGACCCCCCUCUCCGCCAGCACAAUCCAAAUCCUACAUAACCUCCAACACCAACACCUCUGGACCUCCCUGCGCGUACACGACCUCCACCUCCCCAGCCCCGACGCAACCACCACCACUAACGACCCCCUCUACCUCAUCUCCGGCAUUCCCCCACACCACAUCUACACCCAUCCCGACGAGCAACUAUACAUGCUCGAGCGCGGGCUCCGCGACGAGGACGUCGAGCUCGAGCGCAUGUUCGUGUUGCCUACUGUGGAGGGUCAGUCGUGGAGUUUGCGCAGGAUGGCGGGGGUGUUUGAUUCGUUGCCGGAGGGGGGUGAGGAUGGGGAGGAGGCGGGUAGGGAGGUAGAGGUGGAGGUGGAAGGGGAGAAAGCGGACAAGUUGAGGGAGUAUUAUGCGUAUCGGGAGAAGGCGAGGGCGACGAGGGAGUGGGGGGGGAAGAGGAUCUUGCUGGCUAUGCUGGAUAGGCAGAUGGGGGGUGAUGGGACGAUCGUGUACUAUGUUGUGCAUGAUGGUGCGGUGAAGCCGAGGCAG